GGGCCCUGCUCAGCGCUGGCCUCCAGCGUGGGGGCCGGGGCCGUUACGGUGCUAAAGCGCGGCGCAGUCCGGCUCGGCGUCUGGGUGUAAUUAAGGCUAAGAGUAGACGUUGACUGAAUUGGGCUUCUGCUGCAAACAGAAUCACUAUUUCCUGAAGGCUGCCUUUCAACAGCAACAAAAAAUCCAACCAGCAGCAGUCUAUGUUAACAUCUCAUAAAGUGAGAACUUGCUGAACCAUUUUGAGGCACCUCUUUCAGGUGAUGCUGUAACACAUGAGUGGUGGGAGAGCACUUUUGGCUGCCUCUGUAAUUUCCAUCCAAAACUCCUGCUUCGUCUAUCCUGCUUGUCAAAGCUGCUUUUCUAGGCUGAUACUGGAUUCUAGGAGGUUUAACUGUCUAAAAUGUGGCUGCACAGGUGAAGCUAAAGAUGCAAGCUACAGAUAUAGAUUGUCCCUAAAGAUUGCUGACACUAAUGAUUUGUUUGACAUUACUGUUUUUGGAAGCUGCUUAGAUCCGUUCUUUGGAAUCACUGCAGGAAAUUUGCAGAGGUAUAUUCAAGACCUUAAUCAGCUGUCGGGAGAAACAAAUAAAGAUACUUCUCCAGGAGUGUUAAUUCAAGCAGUUGAAACUUGUUUCAUUGGAAAAAGAUUUAUAUUUGGCGUGAAGGGUUGUGUGAGUCAAGAUGGAGGGCAUUUUGUUGGCAGCAGCAUCUUGCAAAACUGUUCCAGAAUUAAUAGAGGUACAAAAAACCUUACAGCCUGCCAGAUCUUCCUGCCAAACACUACUGUUACUGGCUUUACUGUUAUCAGCUAUUUCCAUCAGCUCUUGCAGUGUGCAAAAUUCGGGAACUGCAGUAGCAGCUCAUACUUACCUGAUGCAUCUUCAGCUGCAAUAGAUCAGCCUGUCAGUGAGCUCAGCAGCUUGUCUAGUCUGAGCAGAAAUUCCUGUUUUCUUCAGUCUAGUGGCAGAGAAAGUUUUUUAGGGUCCUGGCAGCAGUCCUUCAGCCUGACUUCGUCUGUUGCUUGGAUAACUGCAGAAGACUUUCCAUCUUCAGAAACGGAAAAGCUGAUGAGUGAACAGAAUGAACAAGAGGAGAGGCCUGUCUCUGAAGAAUCAUGCACUGUAAGCCUCAGCAAUCAAACUCUUUGGGAUUCACAGUUUCACAGCUCUUCUGUGAGGAAAGGGAAUAAAGAGGAAGAUAAUGAAUCAAGUUCACAGUCUAAUCAUAUUAACAUUUCUGCACCUGACAAAUUAGAGGGAAUUUCCUCUUCAAAGACAGAGUGUUCAUUUGAUAAUAGUUCCAGGUUAUUACAAAAUCUCUUGGAAUUUGGGGUAAAAAACACUUACCCAGAGAGUAAUAGUGGAAAUGACUGCUAUCCAGAAAAAUCCCCCAACUCCCUUUUUUACAAAGGAGACGCAUCACCUUCUGAUCAUGUAAAUGUAGCUGAAGUGCCUCCAACAGAUUCUAUGCUUUGGGAUGAGCUCCCUUUCUCAGAAAGUCUAAAUGAGUUUUUAGCCAGAAUAGAAGACAAGAGUGUUGUAACAUCACCCAGCCUUGAUACAGGGAGACAUGCCCUUGUUCAAAGUAGCAAAUUGGAUACAAAUAUUAUUAAAUCAUAUCCUAAGCAACCCUUGGUAGCUGGUAAUUUGCAUGAAAUGAGCAUAUUAGGGAAGUUCUUGUCACCAGUGGAAAAGGCUAGUUGGGAGAGCAUGUCUUUGGCUUGCUUUCAGUCAAAUGCAAAUCUUCCAGUUGAUGAGGUAUCACAAUGUGAGUCUUUUUGUAGUGCUUUGUCUUUAACUACCAAAGGACAUGAAACAUCUUUCUUUAGACCGAAUCCACAUCAACUAAUUCCGUCACAGACCUUGCCAGUUGCAUCAGAGCCUUCUCCAUUCACGAGUAGAUCUGUGCAGUCUAAAGAAGCAAAUAUUAGCAUUUCAAACUCUGCUUGUUCUUUCAUCAGCCUACAGGGUACUGCUGAACACAAAAAAACCUUAUGUUUACGAAGCAGCAAAACAGCUGCCUGUGUACCUGGUGCACAUGAUAGCUGUUCAGUUGAUUGGGAGAAUAAAGAAAAUUAUUCUUGCAUACCAAGCCAAAAAGCAGAUCUUGCAUGCUUGGGGGCAUGGGACUCUGAUCCAGCAACUCCCAGUAAUACAAGAAAGACAUAUAAAAGAGAAUUAAAGCCACUGACAGAACUGCAAGAAAAUACCUUUAGAAGUAUAAAUAAGAGAGAGAUGCUGUGGAACAGUGGCUGCCCUGAAGGCAGCUACAAUGCUUCUGCUGAUCUCUUUGAUGCAAGUGAGAUAGCAAAGACAGUAGAAUUCUUAAAUAAAUCACAUAACUCUUCCUUACAGGAAGGUGCUUUGACGGAAAAGGGCAGAGCUGAAUUGGCUGUAGAUGUUCCCUGUAACAAUUCAAAACGUAGAUCAUCUCUACAUAGGUCCCCUCCUACUUUUAGGAAACACAGCACACCGGCAGCUUACUCCUUUUGUGAUUCAGAAUGCAAUUCAGUAACUGCUCAAGACUUUGUUCCUUAUUCACAGUCAACUCCCGUAGCAAAACCUCUUCAAAAAAUAUGUCCUGUUGGGGAAAGAAGCUCUUUUGUCACUAUAUUCACUCCUAAAAAUCUUACUAAAAUCCAUUCCAAGUGUAAUCAAUCAAGGCCUUCCUUUCAAAACACCCUGCUGCAGCAACUUACUGGCAAAUCACUGAAACGUGAAAGGCCAAGUAACAGGGGAGACAAAGAAAGUAAUAGCUCUGCUUCACUGCGGUCAGUUAUCAACAGCCAGCUACCUGAGGAUGACUUUGAGUGGAUCCCUCCAUCUACAAAGAAAAGAUUGAAACCAACUGCAUCUUUAAAUUUUAAAACAGUUAGCUUGGCUACUGACUUGCAAUCAACCUGCAAGUACACUGACAGGAACCCUACUUCUGAAGGGAAAUUCAACAGUGGAACUAUGUGCUUCAGACGUGAUAAAUUAAGCUCUGGGAAUACAGCCAGGAUUCUAACAACUCCUGUAUCUGCAGGUGUGGCCAAGGCCUUGUUUUUAAAUGAUACGGUCCUGGAAAAUUGUUCUGCUUUAGAAAGCAAAAAUCGCCUCUCGUGCAAAUUCUUCUGGGUGUAUAUUGGAAGGGACAGCUGGCUGGUCUCCCGAGUUGUUCUUCCGAGCCCGGAGCCCUUUUUUCCAAAGGCAAAAUACUGAAAAAUGAUGCUUCUGUACUGUGUUCUUUGUAAUUAUUUUUAAGACUUUGGAAAGGACCCAGAUGAAGAGAAGAGCUGCUUAAAAACAAAAACUUAUUUAGAAACCUAUUAUUGUAUGUGUUCCUAAGAUGAGUUAUGUUUAUUUGCAGAGUUUUGCACUGCAGAGAUGUUGGAUAAAAUGGAAUUUUGCUGUUGCUUUGUUUUACUGUGGAUUAAAUCUAAAACGUGGAAUAAAUGGUUAUGUAAAUGUGUGAGCAUUUAAUAAAUCUCAUUUUUUCAA